AAGUGGGGCGAUCGAGAGUUCAUAAUUUGACGGUGUCAUCCCAUGAUCUGGAGAGGAAAGAGUCACGGCAAACGGGGUUGAGUGGUGUUGACGGCUUUGCGGUUUUCGUAGAAUGGACUGAACUUGACGGAGGAACCGUUGAAUGGGGUUUUGAAAAUCGGCAUCAUUGUGAGAAUUGGAGUUUGGUUAGGUGAAAGAGUGAGUGUUAGGUGUUUGACGUUAUGCGCCUGAGGUUGGUUCUCUUUGGUUUGUCAUAUGUUUGUCAAUAAGGUGUUUAAGGAUUGAUAUAUAGUGGCAGCUAUGCAAUGCAAGAUUGAAGAUUACCAGCUAGUUCAAAUCUUUAGUCAUAGAAAAAUAUGUAUUGGUUUCUCAACAAGCUGAAUCAGCAGUGGUAUCGAGAGAGUCACAGGGUGUUGUGACCGCUGAGACGAUUCAAGCGGCGUUUCGUUUAACUGAAAAAGGGUUUACUGCCAUGGUUUCUGAAUUAUGGAAUACUCGACCACAAGUUGCAACUACUGGGACUUGUUGUUUGGUUGGAGUGAUUUUUCAGCAGACGCUUUUUAUCGCAAAUGUGGGAGAUUAUUGUGUUGGUGGGGUUGCAGCGAUUCAGCUGUCUCCUGAACACAAUGCAAAUCUCGAGGGUGUUAGACAGGAACUUAGAGAAUUACACCCUUAUGAUCCCCAAAUUGUUGUUCUCAAGCAUGGAGUAUGGAGAGUAAAAGGAAUUAUUCAGGUGAAUAAGCUGGAAGAAAGCUUCAAUGUGAUUAACUCGAGAACAAAGCCACGUGCAGCAUAUUUAUUUACAAAGGACAAUAAGUUCAAGGAACAAUUUGUAAAGAAAGUUUCUGUUGGUGGUUUGCUUAUCAAUGACACUGCCUUACAUCUUGUGGUUUAUAAUUUGCCAUGAUAUUAGGACUAUUCCAUGACACUUGUUAGACCUAA